AUGAAGACCCCUAGAGCAUUUGCUAGAAAAUCAGCUGGCAAUGAUGAGCGUUUUUUCAUAGACGGAAGUAUGGGCAAGGCCCUCGCUCGGCCAGCUUACCACGUCGCAGGCUCCUACACGUACAACUUCCAACAAGGCCCCAGCCAGCAGAGCAGCAUGGCGCAGCUUGUUCUUGCCAUGGCGGCUCUCAGCCUUGAUAACGGGAAUACGGAGGAGAUGGCUAAGACGGGGUGCAAGGAUUGCAAUCUACGCAUAACCACUGAACGCCUUCAGCAAUGUUUAGCUCUGGAAAGCGAGUAUGUGUUUGUAGAAAAGUGA